CACUCUGUUCAUGCACUUAUUUGUGGCACAAGCUGAUUGUGCUUUAGAAGGUGCUAAAGAAAUCAUCAGAACCGUUUUCAAUGCUGUCCCAGAACUACAUUAUAUAUUUCUUUUCAUUCCAAGCACUGUUUCUUUAGAGCCAUCACUGGAAGCUGUGUUUGAGCCUGUCCUAGAUCCAGAAACAGUGUGUCAAUACACUGCUUUUAUUACUCAUCGCCAUCUGCAUUUCCCAGUACUUCGGGUCCGUAAGGCGAGGUGAGUGAUGAUAUGCACAUUUCUGACAUUAAAAAGG